AUGUUACUUGUUGGACUGUAUAACUUUAUUAGAGCCGUUACCUCAGAUGCUACAUUUAUAACAUGCAUAUCAGCAUGGCCAGAUAUAGAAGACCGGUCUACUCUGGCGGGGCUGACGAGGGUGGUGGUCUACUUCCUCUGGUUCUCCCACGUGACUCGCAACAUGGGCGUCUUUCUCAUCAUACACACGGUGUUACUGUUACUUAGCCAACAGUACAAGAAUUUGCAGAGCUACUUCGAGGAUCUGAACAAAAUAUUCCUAGAAAAUAACCUAACUCAAGAGGAAAAGGAAUUAAAAUUUGAAGUGAGAUUUAAAAGGGGAAUAGAACAGCACGCGCUUACACUGUGGUGUGUGGACGAGACACAACGCAUCUUUAAAAUAACAUUCAGUUCCCACGCACUGCUUUGGUGUGGUCUACUCAUCUCCAUCCUUCCCGAUGUGUUGAACAACGACACGCAUUCACCGACCAUGCUGGUUUCGAAUGCGCCGAGGGUCUGUGCAGCUCUGGUUGGUCUAGGACAUGCGAUCAGGAAUCUUCUGUACCAUCUAGCAGUGGUGCUGAAGGUACACUACAACGAUCCUGAUUUAGAACGAGAGAUGAUCAAGAAGAUAAAAGUAUUCUCUGUAAGUCUCUGCGGUCUUGUGGGGACAGUGGUCGUAUCUUAUGGGUUGAGUGCAUUUUACAGAGUCAUUACUGCAGGUGAAACCUUUGUAACAAUAACAUCAGCUUGGCCAAAUGUCCACGAUAGGUCUUUCGCAGCAGGUGUAGUCAGAGUUUUCGUCUACUUCUGGUGGUACCCCUUCGCAGCACGGAUCAUGGUCACUUUCUUAAUGCUAGUCACCAUGCUAGUUUCCAUAUGCUAUCAGUUUAAGAAUCUACAGAGUUAUUUCUAUAGUCUGGAUGAAAUAUUCUGUGAUGGUACUCUGAGUCAAGAAGAGAAAGAGAAAAAAUAUGAAGACGCGUUUAAACUUGGAAUACAGAUGCAUUCGCUUACAUUGUGGUGUAAGAGCCAGCACCAGCACGUGAGUAAAGAGCUGUUCGCCACUGAAAUAUUACUAUUCUUCGGAAUGCUGUUGUCCCAGCUUACUGCCUUACUGGCAAAUGAUCGGAAUAUGACACAAUUGUGGACGAUGUUCAUUACAUCAGUAACUACAUGUCUCGCGUUGGGGUUCUUCAUGUGGAAUGGAGGCGAUAUAACAUUGGAGGCAUCAAAGUUAUCGGAGGCGAUGUACUGUUCAGGCUGGCAGAACUGUUGCGGGCAAUCAUCUGUUCGCAUCAGAAAUUUAGUGGUCAACGCAUUAAGGCAGGCUCAGAAUCCAGUGAUUUAUAAGACAUUGGGUAUUGUGGAAUUCUCCUACGAGUCAUACGUCAGGGUCACAAGAGAAGAAUGUUUGCCAAACAUAGUUUGUAUAGACUGCUAUAAUGAAUUAAACAAAUAUUACACAUUUAGGAAAAAAUGUGAAGCUACAUAUCAGAAACUUAAAUCUCAUGUUCUAGCAGUGAAAGAGAAACAGUAUAAGCAGAAGAUUUUGAUGGAUGUAGAAAAAAAGAAGAAGUUGGAAGGGGCAAAUAAAGAACAACUUAAGUUUGUAGUAACUUUUGAUAAGGAACAUUAUACUGAAGUACACGAAGUAUUGAACUUAAAUGGUGUAGCGCAAGUGAAUGACUCAAUAGAUACAUUACCUGGUUUAGUUAAAGUUGAUAGUAUAGAAGAAGAAAGCAAAGGAAAAGAGACACUUGAACAAAGUAUUGAAGAACAACAAAUAGAAGAAUUAGAUUCAUCAAAGCCUGACAUAAAUACAUUCUUAUCAACAAUGUUGGUAGAGCUGGGUAUACUGACACAGCAUGACAAUUGCCUGGAGUUGACCAAUCAGAAUAUUAAGUCUUUGGAACUGGAAACUGGAGAUGGAAAUCAGAUUACACUGGAACUGGUGGAGGAAGAUGAUGUAGAGGAACAAGAACAGCCACCAGAUCCGAUAAUCGAAAAUGAGUUGCCGAGUACAUUAGGGAUAAAAGAAAAAAGUGUAGUGAAACAAGAAAAUAAUCUCACGAACUAUAUUGUAACUAAUACUGUUACCAAAAAAGACACGAAAAGUGACAAAAAUGACAAAAAGAAUAAAUUUAUUAACACUGGAUCUUGGUGCGAGGAGUGUGGCAAGCGACUGGCCUCAAAGAGUGCUCUAACUCGUCACAUGCGCAUUCACUCCGGGGAGAAACCUUUUACUUGCGACAUGUGUGGCCGCAGCUUCGCGCAGAGAGAAGUCAUGCUUCGACACCUACUGGUGCACGAAGAGCGGCGACCCUACGCGUGUUCAUCAUGCGACAAGAGUUUCACACAGCGCGGUGCACUGGAGGCACAUGCGCGUGCGCACGCCCCGCCCUCCGCGCGCCCCCUGGCGCUGCAUCGAUGCGACCGAUGUCCUAAAGUCUUCCUGCACUCCUCCGGUCUCAGCCGGCACAUGAUGAUGCACAACGGUCGCGUGUACAUGUGUGGGGCCUGCGAGAGAGAGUUCAAGGACAAGAGCUCCCUACUGCGACAUCUCCGCAACGCUAACCACGCACCGCGCGGCUCCCCGCCUACCUGAUCCACGCCCAACCUACGAAGGACAUGUCUCAGUGCAUUCUAGCAUUUUCAAUAAUCGAGCCUCAUGCUGUGAUACUUGAACUCUCGACAGCCCAGCCACCGCAAUGCGUUGACUUGAUAUUUAGUUCGUAGGGUGAGUUCUAAAUUGUAACGCGAUGCCCGAGUAUUAAAUGAUGUGCCAAAUCAACCUACAUCACCUGUUGAUGCAUAUCGGUUCUCGAUAUUUGUGCGAUACCACUUAAAAGUAUCGCGGCAGACAUUUAUUUAUAUGUAGCAGAAUUUUGCCUUAUCAAAUAAU